CCGGACACGUGUCCAUGCGCCGCCUAUAUAUAUAGGCACGCACAGACAUGGAGCUGCUCCUCCUCGUCGUCGUCGUCAACGUACAGACGAGACGGAGAGGAGGGAAGCACACGCACAGGGUGGCGAACGCCGAGGGAGGAGGACGAGGAGUGCCGCCGCCGUCGCGGCUCUCCGCCGCCGCCGGCGGUGGUGACGAGGACGACGAGGACGGCCGGCAGGAGGCGGCGGCGGUGGCGGCGGCGUGGCGAAUGAUGUCGGGGUACGAGCGGAGCCGGGAGGCGUCCAUCAUGGUCGACGCGCUGACCGCCGUCGUCGCGGGCGGGGCGGCAGCGGUGGCGCCGCCGGCGGCCAGUGGACGUCGUCCGGUUCAGCAGGUGGUGGUGUUGUCGCCGGCGGAAGGACAGUGGUGCAGCGACUACUACGCCGCCGACGUGACGCCGCCGCCGUCCGCUCGUCCUGCACUGACGACCGUUCACGGAGCAGAGCACCACGGGGCGUCAGGGAUUCCCGCGACGGCGCCAGCGGUGGCGUCACCCGGUUCAACCGAGCAGGUCCCCUCGCUGUCCUCCACCGACUCCGGCGGCACUCCUCGGAGGCGGUACCGCGGCGUGCGUCAGCGGCCGUGGGGGAAGUGGGCGGCGGAGAUCCGGGACCCGCACAAGGCGGCGCGCGUGUGGCUGGGCACCUUCGACACCGCGGAGGCCGCCGCGCGGGCCUACGACGCGGCGGCGCUCAGGUUCCGCGGCAGCCGCGCCAAGCUCAACUUCCCGGAGUCCGCCACGCUCGUGUCGCAGGCGCUGCCGCCGCGGGUUCCUCCUCCUCCGCCUCCGGCGCCGCCGGAGAGGCCCGAGGCGCUCCUCGAGUCGCAGGCGCUGGCGAUGGAGGGCGGCGGCGGGGAGUACUCGGUGUACGCCCGGUUCCUGCAGGGCCCCGCCGAGCCACCGCCGCGCCUCUACGACCAGGCGCCUGCGGUGACCGCGCCGUCCGGAUCGGCGUCGUCGUCGUCGUUCCCCGUGCUCUUCAGCUUUGGAGGCGGAGGUGAGGGCAGCGGUGCCGGCGCGGCGAGCUGUCAGUCGUGGCAGCAGGGUAGCAGCGGCUCUCCGAGCGACGGUGGGUCUGGGUACCCGUCGCCGCCGCCGGCGACCUGGGCGGACUCCGGGUGGUGGCCGCCGCCGCCGCCGCGGGACCCGUCACGAUGACGUCGAUGUCAGGCUUGUUGUCUCCGCAUGGAGUGGAGCGCACUGAGAAUUUUUGGCCGGAUUUUGUCACGUUCGGUGACACGUGUACCCAUUUUUUCAAUAUAAACAAAAUACGCCCACGCGUAAGUAGAAAUUUUAGGCUUUUAAUUAGGUACAACUUUUUUUUUGGGAGAGGAUGCAUUAGAAAUUAGUGUUCUUGGAUUGUUCCUUUCAUGUGGUGAUUGAUUUCUUGGUAA